AUGGACGGCAAGGACCCCAACGCUGUCGACAUCAUGGUCACCUCCAAGGACCCGGAGAAGGAGGAGGACCUUACGCCGAAGCACGACAAGGGAAAGCAGCGCCAGGACGACAAGGAGGAGCCGGAGAUCUCCGAGGAAGACCUCCAGCUCAAGACUGAGCUCGAGAUGCUCGUCGAGCGUCUCAAGGAGUCCGACACGAAUCUCUACCUCCCCGCCCUCGAGUCGCUGCGCACGCUGAUCCGCACCUCGACGUCGUCGAUGACCAGCGUCCCGAAGCCGCUCAAGUUCCUGCGGCCACACUACGAGGAGCUCGGCCGGAUCCGCGAGAGCUGGCCGAAGGAGCUGAAGGAGCAGCGUGCGCUCCUCGCCUCCAUUCUCUCGGUGCUCGCCAUGACGUACUCGGACAACGGCAAGCGCGACACCCUGUACUACCGCCUGAUCUCCGAGUCCGAGGAGGCGCCCGGCUCGUGGGGCCACGAGUACGUCCGCCAUCUCGCCGCCGAGCUCGGAGAGGAGUACACUGCGCUCAUCGAGAACCCGACGGACGAGACGGCUGCGCCCGCCAACGGCGAGAAGCAGACGAACGGAGAGGCUACGACCGAGGAGGAGAAGGACCCGAGGCGGCAGUACAGCGUGGAGCAGCUCCGAUCGCUCGGCCUCGAGCUCGUCGACUUCUUCCUGAAGCACAACGCCGAGGCUGAUGCCGUCGACCUGUGUCUCGAGCUCGAGUGCAUCGAGGUCCUCGGCGACAAGGUCGACGUGAACGCCUACCCCCGUGUCUGCCAGUACAUGGUCAGCAUGGUCCCGCUCCUCCUCCCUCCCGACGACGAGCGCUUCCUUCGCACCGCUGCCACCAUCUACGCCAAGCAUGACCGCCUCCCGGAGGCCCUCGCCAUUGCGAUCCGCCUGCACGACCGCAAGCUCGUUCGCAAGUAUUUCGAGGCUGCCGCCAACCCCGUGAUGAAGAAGCAGCUCGCCUUUAUCAUUGCCCGUGCCAACAUUCCCAACCAUUGGGUCCAGACGCUCGAUACCAUGGAGCCUGAGACAGAGGAGGGAGACGAGUGGGGACCGCCCCCGCCCGAGCUCAGCACUGAGCUCACCGAGUGCCUCGGUAACAGCAACCUGUCCAGCUACUUCCGCACGUUCGGAAAGGCUGUCGGUGUUGAGGAGCCGCGCACUCCCGAGGACAUUUACAAGUCGCACCUCGAGACUUCGUCAAGUGUCCACUACAACUCGGCGCGCGACAACCUCGCCUCGACGUUUGUCAACGCUUUCGUCAACGCCGGUUUCGGAAAUGAGAAGAUGAUUGUCAACCCGCCGGAGCCCUCGGCCAACUUCAUCUACAAGAACAAGGACGUCGGUAUGAUGAGCGCCGCCGCUUCGUCGGGUAUGAGCUUGAUCUGGGACCACGAGGGUGGUAUUAACCACAUUGACAACUACACCUACUCGGAGGAGGAGCACAUCAAGGCUGGUGCCUAUCUCGCCAUUGGUAUCAUCUGUGCCAACAUCCGCCCCCAGCCCGACAUGGCCUUUGCGCUUCUCCAGGACAACGUCGACAACCCCAGUUCCGAGAUCAAGAUUGCCGCCAUCAACGGUCUCGGCAUGGCGUACGCUGGCUCUGAGCGCCACUACCUCGUGGAGCUCCUUGCUCCCUACGUUGCCGACGAGUCGUCGUCGAUGGACGUUGCCGCCAACGCUGCCCUCGCCAUGGCUUUUGUCUACGUCGGAUCAGGCAACGGUGACGUCGCCAGCAUUAUCCUGCAGUCGCUCAUGGAGCGUGAGGAUGCGCAGCUCGACUCGGAGUGGGCCAUCUUCUUCGCUCUUGCCCUCGGUCUCAUCUUCCUCGGACGACAGGACGCCGCCGACGCCACGCUCGAGACCCUCAAGGUCAUUGAGCACCCCGUCGCGCGCUCCGCCGAGAUCCUCGUCGAGGUCUGCUCGUACGCCGCCACCGGUAACGUGCUCAAGAUCCAGUCGAUGCUGCACCUCUGCGCCGAGCACGCCAACUCGAAGGGCAAGAGCAAGGGAGAUGCCGAGGACAAGGACGAGAAGGACGGCGAGGAGGCCAAGGAGAGCAAGGACGGCGACGUCAACAUGGACGCUGCCAGCCCCGCUGCAGCCUUCCCCACGCCGGGCAGCGCGAACGCCAACGCCAACGCCGCCGCGUCCGAGGACAAGGAGGACGACGAGGAAAAGGAGGAGAAGAAGGCGGCCGACAUGAGGCAUCAGGCGAUGGCCGUCAUUGGUAUCGCGCUGAUCGCGAUGGGCGAGGACGUCGGUGCCGAGAUGGCUCUGCGCCAGUUCCAGCACCUGAUGACGUACGGCGACCCGGUGAUCCGACGAGCGGUGCCGCUCGCGCUCGCGCUCAUCUCUGCCUCGAACCCGCAGCUCACGAUCCUCGACACGCUGUCCAAGUACUCGCACGACAGCGACCUGGAUGUGGCCGUGAAUGCGAUCCUCGCCAUGGGUCUCGUCGGCGCGGGCACGAACAAUGCGCGUCUGGCGCAGAUGCUCCGCGGCCUCGCGUCGUACUACGCCAAGGAGCCCGACUGCCUGUUCAUGGUGCGCAUCGCACAGGGCUUUGUGCACAUGGGCAAGGGCACGAUCGGGAUCAACCCGUUCUUCCACGACCGGCAGAUUCUGAGCGGCAACGCGAUCGCGGGCCUGCUCUCGCUGCUCGUGUCGUUCACGAAUGCGCGCAAGUUUGUCCUCGCCAAGCACCACUGGCAGCUGUACUGGCUCGCGCUGGCCAUGUUCCCGCAGUUCCUCAUCACGCUCGACGAGGACAACAAGGAGAAGGACGUGACCGUCCGCGUGGGCCAGGCCGUCAACACGAUUGGCCUCGCUGGUACGCGCAGUGGUAUCUCGGGCUUCCAGACGCACCAGACGCCCGUCCGCGUCGGCACGACCGAGCGCGCAGAGCUCGGCACAAACGAGUACUUCCCGUACUCGAACACGCUCGAGGGCAUGGUUUACAUCAAGAAGAACGAGGCGUACGACGCGGAGGACCAGUAA